GGGAGGGAAGGCGAGUGCGGGGAGCCUGUUUGUGUCGCGGCGGCCGGCGGAUGGGGGAGUCGAUCCCUCUGGGUGCGCCUGUGCCGGUGGAGCAGGCAGUGCUGGAGACCUUCUUCUCCCACCUGGGUAUUUUUUCCUACGACAAGGCCAAGGACAAUGUGGAGAAGGAGCGCGAGGCAAACAAGAGCGCCGGAGCCAGCUGGCUUUCGCUCCUGGCCGGGCUGGCCCACCUGGCUGCAGCGGAGAAGGCCUAUCACAGCAUGACCUUCUUGGGCCAGAAAUUAGGUGGGCAGUCAUUCUUCAGCCGAAAGGAUUCCAUACGCACCAUCUACACUUCCCUGCAUAAUGAACUGAAGAAAGUGGUAGCAACGGGCCGGAAUGCGUUGGGAGGAACAGCCCCUCACCUGGAAGAACUGCUCUCUCACCUCUCUGAGCAGCUCUGUUUUUUUGUUCAGGCUCGGAUGGAAGUUGCUGACUUUUAUGAAAAAACGUACAGCCUGAGCACUCAGAAGUUUAUCAACUCUGAGGAACUGGUAAACAUCUUGGAAACCAUAUUAAAGAAAUAUAGCUCAAGGUUUCAUCAUCCAAUACUUAGUCCUCUUGAAAGCAAUUUCCAGUUAGAAGCAGAUGUUCUUACACAUCUUUUGAAGGCUCAGGCACAGAUCUCAGAGUGGAAAUUCCUCCCAUCCUUGGUCAACUUGCACAAUGCACACACAAAGCUACAAACAUGGGGACAGAUCUUUGAGAAACAGCGAGAAACCAAGAAACAUCUGUUUGGUGGCCAAUCUCAGAAGGCUGUGCAACCGCCACAUCUUUUCCUCUGGCUAAUGAAACUCAAAAAUAGUCUUCUUGCGAAAUUUAGCUUUUACUUUCAUGAAGCGCUUAGUCGGCAAACAACUCCAUCUGAAAUGAAAACUUUGACAGCAAAAGCCAAUCCUGACUAUUUUGGGAAAAUUUCUAGCUUCAUCAGGAAAUAUGAUGCUGUUAAUAUUUCUUUAAUCUUUGACAACCGAGGGUCAGAGAGCUUUCAGGGACAUGGUUAUCAUCAUCCCCAUUCCUAUCGGGAAGCCCCAAAGGGUGUCGAUCAGUAUCCAGCCGUAGUCUCUCUGCCCAGCGACAGGCCUGUGAUGCACUGGCCCAAUGUUAUUAUGAUUAUGACUGACAGAGCCUCUGAUCUCAACAGUUUGGAAAAGGUGGUCCAUUUCUAUGAUGACAAAGUUCAAAGCACAUACUUUCUAACCCGUCCUGAGCCUCACUUUACCAUCGUAGUUAUUUUUGAAUCCAAGAAAUCAGAGAGAGAUUCUCACUUCAUUUCUUUUCUCAAUGAAAUUUCACAUUCCCUUAAAAACUCUAAAGCUUUUGCAAGUCUGAAGCCUGGAUCCAAAGGAUGAAUAACUGCUCCUGUUAAAACAAUAUAUUGGACUGCAAGGAA